CCGCGAAAUGUAGUUGAACCGAGCAACAGCAACAGCACCUUCGUUGUAUCGCUUUUAUAAUAUUUUGUGGUUGCCUGGUUUAACCAAACUCUUCUCCCUUUAUUGGCAACUAAGUUUGAAAUUUAAUUAAGGAUACGUAUUGAACUAAGUUAGCUCUAAAGAAACGAGGAAGAUCGUACAAGAAGACUAGUUUCGAGCACAUUUUGAGUACACUCGACAGUGACAGCUUCGAGUGCGGCUSUGCAAGAGAAUUCAAAACUCCUCCAAACAUGCAGCUCUACGCCAUUUUUUUAGCAUUAUAUCUGUGUUUUGCUAGUUACACAACUACGUUUGGGAAUAAAGUUUACGAUAAUGGGACGAUUAACUUUUCUCCAAGGAAAGCGAGUGAGUUUAAAAGUUCCUUGAAGACAACAUUUGAUGAUGAAGGUUUGGGUCCUUGGUAUUCCUUGGCGAAUAGCUUUAUAGGCACCGUUCUUAACAAAGAUCCCUGGCCACUUGCUGGCAAAGGARUYAAUGAAGGGAUUGGCAAAUUGGACAUACAAAAGGAUGUCAUUGAAGGAUACGCCAUUGGCAUGAUUGUGACUSUUYCCWUUGGAAUAUUAUUCUGCCUUCUUAUGCCAAUCGUUGGAUUCUGUUUCUGCUGUUGUCGUUGCUGUGGCAACUGUGGAGGGGAAAUGACACAAAAGGACUCACCCAGAAAUGGCUGUAAACGAGRUGUUUUUGGAGUGAUCCUUGCCAUUAUCACUCUUCUAAUGUUUGCUGGUGUACUACUGACCUUUGUKUGCAAUGACAACUUGAGCAAGACUCUUGACAAAGCCAAACAAACAAGCUCUGGAAUUGUAUCUGAYACAUCAAACUUUAUCAACGAAACAUUAGCUAGUUUCGAUAAUGUGGUGAACGCCGACUUGCCUUUCACACUUAAGCAGCUAGAACACGAUGUAAGUGAUGACCAACUUAAAAAGCUGGUYGGAGAUCCAUUUGUUAAGCUGAUUGACGACACUGUUGGGAAGCCAAUAGAAGCUGUGUCAAAACUUGCAGAAAAUUCAAAGAAGAUGGAGAACCAGUUGGAUGUCAUUACUAACAACACCGAUUUUCUACAAAGUAAAGCAAAUGAGUUAGAAAAAGGGCUCAAUGAUACCACAGAUAACAUUACCGCAAUGCAAAKUGACUGUGYUUCAAUAACUCCUUCAAUUUCUAUCUGUGAUGCUAUUAGUGGUAUUUCAGUAUCUCAGGGUGCAAACUUCAACAACCUUCCAAARGUYWCCCAGCAAUUGGAUAGUGUCCGUAAAGUCACUCAACAAGACUUUGUAGGCUCUGCAGAAAAGGGUUUAAAAGAGGUUAGGGACAUCCCAGAAACAAUGAUCAACAAGACAAGAGAUACAAGAAAAGAUCUCAAGAAAAUGAUUGACAAUGCUACAACAACAUUUAACAACCUACUGGCUGAUGUGCGCAAAAGUGCAGAUAAGACUGUACUGGAUCCCCUAAAGGACAUGAGAAAACAAGUACAUGAUGGUGUGGAUAUUGCAAAAGAAUAUGACCGAUACAGGUGGUACGGUGGUGUUGGUCUAACAUGCAUUUUAUUGCUGAUUGUUGUGCUCAUGGCUCUUGGAUUGAUGUGUGGUAUCUGUGGACAUGAUAAGCAUGCCACGCCCUCAAARAGGGGAACGGUAUCUAACAUGGGAGGCAACUGUCUUAUGGCGUAAAUUCAGUUUUUAGAUAACAAACAAUACUUUGAUCCACUGCUUUUGAAUAAMCUUCUGAGUACUAAUAAAACAGACAUCAAAAUUGGAGAGUCAUUAAAUGAUUGCAGAGCAAAUAAGCCGGCAUAUACUGCACUUCAUCUGGAUUCCAUAUUUAAUAUUUCUGAAAAGUUGAACAUCAAACGAUUAUUGGGGGAUACAGUUGACCAYCAGUUUGAAAGUUUAAAUGUUAACCUGACAGAUCAAACAAUACUCACAAAUGACUCCAAAAAAAGCUUGAGAGAGCUAAAUAGUUCAGGCGUUGAGAGUAUCAACUUUGCUCAGUUCACAAAUGAGACAAGAAAAGGGAUCACCACUCAAAAUCUGACAGAGCUGGCAAAUACAUUAGAUGUAUUUGCAGAUAAUAUGACCUCCAUUAAAUCUGGUUUACCUGGAGGAAAUCAAACUAAAGCACAGAGUAUCAUUGAUCGAGCAAGGGCAACUGCAGCAGCACUACGGAUUUUGGAUAAGGAUACAGUGCAAGCCAUGGCUUCAAAAGCGAAUGAACUGGAUCAAAAUGUGGUUGAACUGAAGAAAAUUGGUGGAAAUCUGAAUGAUGAUGCAACAAAGACACUUAAAGCAGCUGAAGAAGCAGAAACUGCACUUCAUGGCUCUGCUAAUAAAGUAAAAACGGUAAUUACCAACUACAAAGACAGAGUACUUGGAUAUGGGUUUCAGUUUACAGCUCACAUACUGCACCUGGUGACACAUGAGCUUGGUCGAUGUAAACCUCUGACAAAUAUAUUUGAUGCAGUUGUUGUAUUGGCAUGUGAAGAUUUUCUAAUGCCAUUUAAUGGUUUUUGGUUGGCAAUUGGUUUCUGUUUGUUCUUCUUCAUUCCUGCCAUUAUAUUCAGUGUCAAAUUGGCCAAACACUACCGGCGUAUGAAAUAUGAAAGUGAUUUUGAUGACUAUGAUGGGCAUGAUAUGAUGGAGAUGGGACAGCCAGUUGGACAAGAAAAGAAACUAUGGGCAAACCCAAAAAAUGCUGUUUACCCCAAGAAACCCACUGCACCACCACCCCAUUAAAUGGGGGUAUUCAAAUGGAACUCGUCAGUGACAUUUCUGUUCAUCUGUGCAUCUUGACAGUUCUUAAGAAUCUACAUUUGGCCUUGAUGUAUUUUUACCAGGAAAAGUUACCUCCAAUCAAAGACUGUUGUAAAUAAUAACACCGUGGUAUCUAACUUGACAGAAUUUGGUUAAGAAUUUGCUAGAUGGGAGGGGUGGGCUGGGAAGAUUUUGAAUGCUUACAUCGGUCGAUCCAUAUAAUUAAAAGUACUUUUCAAGAGUGGGAUGGGAAAUUUUGACGCAUGACAUAGAAUCUGUUAUCUUGUUGGAUUUUGGAUUCCUGGAUUACAUCAUUAGUGGAUUCAAGAUUCUACCAUUUUAUUGAAACCAUAUAGACCCCUUUGCAGUUUGUGGGAAUACAGCUCAAACUGAAGGACAAAACAAUGAAUGCUAGUUCCAAAGAGACCAAAAAUCUCGUUUUGUCCUCCAGAUGAAUCUCUUUUGACAUCACAUGCAAGGGGUCUCUUCCAUUUAUUCAAAAAACGAUUUCGAAAAACGGAUUCGUUAUUCUGAGUGCUUGGAUCCCGGAUUCCAGACUGAAAAUUUUCCAGGYUUUCCAAUUCCAUGUCAUGGGGCAAGACAAUAAUGAUGGUUUUCAUUAUGGAAAAAUGAGUGCUGGUCGCUCCAACAACUAUAAUUAUAUAUUAUUAACAAUUAUCAUUGAUGACCUAAUGGUCUUCACAACGAAUGAUGAUGCUAUGCAUGUCUUGGUACUGUAUGGUAUUCUGUGWCYACAACAUCGUAGGAAAUUAAAGGGCCACUGGCAGAGAGAUAAGGGUUUUAACUGAAUGAGAUUGCCUUUCUGUUUGGGAAUGAUGGCAUUGUACCUUAAUUUUAUCCUGAACAAUACAAGUAGUUUAUACUAGUCGCCUACUGGUUGUAUGGCUUCACUUGAGCUGCACUUGAAAAUAACUUUUGAUUUAAUCAGAAGUUUUUCCAAGUAACAUAAUUUUAAGCCAAUAAGAUUAGAGCUUCUUAAGACCUUCUGCAUGAUAGUUUGUAAAUACCUCAGUGUGRGUAGUUAUAAUAUGUGAUAAUGUAGUUGUAGAUAAUAAUAAUAUUAUUAAUAGAAAAUAAGAAUCUGUACUAUAACUGUCAUCAAAAAGAUGUGCAUUUUGGAUAGAUAAUUAUAAUUUUCUUAUAAAUUAUCAUCCUAUCACACAAACAGUUUUAGCUGCUGUUGGCAAUAAUCAAAUCUGCUUACUGRKAAAUUUUAGCUUUUGGGAAAGGGAUUUGUAGUUAUCGCAUCUAUUCAAUCCAUGUGAAUUAUAUCACCCAUUAUCAAUGGUAAAUAGUUUUACUAGAAGCAAUAUGUUUCAUAUAACAAUACACUAUAUAUAACGAUGGUCACCUAUAUUAUUAUACCAACACUUCUUGUUGGCUGGUCAAUAUCCAUGCAAUCUAUAGAGGUUUCAUUUUGUAAUUAACUUAGAUUCACAUAUUAGAAAUUCAUUGAUAUGAAACAUAAGUGGGAUUUGCAUUGCAUUAGAAAGAAAUUAGAAUUGUAGAAUCUGAGUUUGCAAAGAAACUUCAAGUGUAGGAUAUGAAAUAUUUCAAAAUAUAAGCAAUGAUUAAUUACUAAUAGAAAAAAUGUUCUCAGGAUUGAGUGUUUUUUUUCAUAGAUUAGGGUCUAUGAUGACUUYUUUUACUGCACAUAACAAAGUAUCCCAGAGUUAUAACCAAAUAAAAACUGUUUAUAACUCAUUGCUAUUUUAAAGGGUGUGAAAAAGUUUUAAGGUAAAUUUAGACUUAUAUAAUAAGUCCGACUUUAUUGAUUUUGUUACAAGCAUGAGGUGGAUCUAGGUUUUUGUCAGGGGGAGGCAUGGGGUUGCAAGGAUUGUUGUCAGGGGGGAGAUUUGUUAAAUACAAAUGAUGAUUCAGAUGUUGGGGUCAGUGCACACCCUCAACCUGGAUCCCCUCAGUACAUUUUACUCGAAGUCAUUUUGGUAUGAAUAUACUACAGUUUAAUAGCCAUACCGCACGAAUUAUUAUCCAUAUCGUGUUGUAUAUAUUAAUCAAUCUAACAUUCUAGAUUAUAGCUUUGCUAAUAAAAGAGUGGAAAUGUA